GCCCUCCCAGUCUCCAGCGCAUUGUCCCUUAGCAACAACAGUCGCAACUAACACGGCCCAGCAGGCAGCAGUGCGGGACAGACACAGGCCAGCUGCCCAAGAGCCCUGACCCAGCAUGGACACUGUGGAUGCCACCAUGGAGAAGCUCCGGGCACAGUGCCUGUCCCGAGGGGCCUCGGGCAUCCAGGGCCUGGCCAGGUUCUUCCGCCGACUGGACCGGGAUGGGAACAGACGCCUGGACGCGGGGGAGCUCCAGCGGGGCCUGGCUGAGCUGGGGCUGGUGCUGGAUAAGGCGGAGGCGGAGGGCGUGUGCAGGCGCUGGGACCGCGACGGCAGCGGGACACUGGACCUGGAGGAGUUCCUGCGGGCACUGCGGCCCCCCAUGUCCCAGGCCCGGGAGGCGGUCAUUGCAGCCGCAUUCACCAAGCUGGACCGCAGUGGGGAUGGCGUGGUGACGGUGGAUGACCUCCGAGGGGUGUACAGUGGCUGCGCCCACCCCAAGGUGCGGAGCGGGGAGUGGACUGAGGAGGAGGUGCUCCGCCGCUUCUUGGACAACUUCGACUCCUCUGAGAAGGACGGGCAGGUCACACUGGCAGAAUUCCAAGACUACUACAGCGGUGUGAGCGCCUCCGUGGACACAGAUGAAGAGUUCGUGGCCAUGGUGACCAGUGCCUGGCACCUGUGAGCAGCACACGGCCGGGCUGUGCCACCUGGGGCCCACACCCCUCCCACACACCUGAGCCAGGACCCUCCUCACCUGGGCUUUGAGCUGGGCAGAGCCCCAUGACAGGGCCGGGGCAGGCAGAAUUAAGGCUGCAGAACCAGCUAGAUCAGGUCCCUGCUGGGCCACCAGGCAGAGGUGGGACAAAGGCUCUAACAGGGUCACUGGCUCAGGACCCCAGGGAGAAAGGCUCUGCGGGCCUACACUCCACUGACCCGAAGGCUUGCAGUCCUGCAGAUGCCUCCGUUGAUGUGCCCCACCCCUCCCCGUGGGACCCUAGGUGGGGAGGCUGUGUGUGGAGGGGCCAGCCUUGGGAGGCAGAGUGUGGACAGGACACCUGCCCAGGUGUGGAGCAUGAGGCAGGGGCCAGGCCCUCUGGCCUUCUGAGGCCCCUGGGGCAUGCGGGAGGCCAGGGUUUUAGUUAAAAGUUUAAUGUAGUUCCCAAAUACAUUUCAUAUGACAAUCUUACAUAAAUGUUCCAAAACACA